AUGAGGUCGCUCUCCGCCUGGCUGCUGUUGGCGCUAUGCCCGUUCGCCUAUGCUGCCCCGAGAGGCUGCACCCAUAAGGUCAAGGAGAGCGUGCCUCCACCCAGAGGAUGGACGAAGCUCGAGCUUGCGCCCGCCAACCACAAUAUUGAGCUGCGCAUAGGACUUCCUCAGUCCAAUUUCGCUGAGUUGGAGCGCCAUCUCUAUGAAGUCAGCGAUCCGUUCCACGAGCGCUACGGCGAGCAUUUGUCCAAGGAGGAGGUCGAGGCGCUCAUUGCUCCCAAUCCGGAGAGCAUUAAUCGCGUCGACGAAUGGCUUGCAUCUCAUGGUAUAACAGCAGAAGAUUUCUCUCGGUCUCCCGCUCGGGAUUGGGUCAAGGUCAAAGUCUCCGUCAGUCUUGCGGAGAAGAUGCUUGAUACAAAAUAUCAUGUUUGGGUUCACGACGAAAGCGGUGACGCGGUUGUUCGUACGACAUCUUACAGUCUCCCGGAAGAUCUGCACGAGCAUGUGGAGCUGGUCCAGCCGACCACGAUGUUCUCCCGGUUCAACAGUUUGAAGACCACUUAUAUUCUCGACCAGGAUCUACCUGCGGCUACGAAUCCCGAUGAGCCUACGAUUAGCGUUCCUACUGCGUACAAUGGCUCUGUGGAUGCCAGUUGCAACGGUACCAUCACAGUCACCUGCCUCAAGCAGCUCUACAAUGCUGUCGGUUAUACGCCAUCGGCCUCGAAUGGCAACCACAUCGCUGUCACUGGGUAUCUUGAUCAGUAUGCCAACUUGGAAGACCUGCAGAUGUUCUAUGCGGAUGAGGUGCCUGCUGCUGUCAACACGUCCUUCACUUACGUAUCCAUCAACGGCGGGCAGAACAAUCAGACACUGGAUGAAGCAGGCGCUGAAGCCGAUCUGGACACCCAGUUCGCUUUCGGUCUGACGUUCCCCACUCCUGGGACGUUCUACUCCACUGGAGGAAGCCCACCCUACGUCCCAGAUAUUCUUACUCCCAAUGAUACCAACGAGCCUUACAUCGAUUGGCUUGGUUACAUUCUCAAUGCUACUAAUCCACCUCAGACAAUCUCUACCAGCUACGGUGACGACGAACAGACGGUUCCUUAUAGCUACGCACGACGUGUUUGCGCUGAAUUUGCUCAGCUAGGUGCCCGCGGUGUCUCUUUGACCUUCAGCUCUGGUGACGGCGGUGUCGGUGACGGCAAUCCGGACCCGGCCACGCAGCAGUGCUACACCAACGACGGACGCAAUGUGACGGAGUUCCUCCCUGCAUUUCCAGCUAGUUGCCCGUAUGUCACAGCGGUGGGAGGCACCAUCUACGUACCAGAGCAGGCGGUAUUCUUUUCUGGUGGAGGCGUAAGUAACUACUUCCCGCGUCCCUCCUGGCAGGAAGAUGUCGUGGCCAACUACUUUGACAAUCUUGCACCCGGCACAUACUCAGGCCUCUAUAACACGACCGGACGCGCUUAUCCGGACGUUGCAGCGCAGGCGUUCUAUUUCAAGAUCUACCUUUCCGGCAACGCGACGCUCAUCGGCGGGACGUCUGCCGCGUCGCCGACCUUCGCAGGAUUCGUGUCCCUCUUGAACGACGCACGCAUCUCACUCGGACUGUCUCCGCUGGGCUACUUGAACCCGCUCAUAUAUGCCGUCGGCUCGAGGGUCCCCGAGGCCUUCAACGAUAUCACUGUGGGCAACAAUCCUGGAUGCGGCACGGAGGGCUUCAACGCUACGGCGGGAUGGGAUCCUGUCACUGGCUUCGGCACGCCCAAUUUCGCCAACUUGAAGGCGCUUGCUACGUAUAAUACUACAGCUAUAUCGAAGCUGCUGUAG